UAUCAGGAAAUUUUUAUUUGAAAGUGAUCUAAACCUUUAAGUAGCUUUUUUAAACAUUCCUUAGUGUAUAAACGGCUUACGUGUGUGGCCCCUUUAAGACUUGUUGCCCCUUUAAGAAGUGACGCAGCAAAGUUGUGUGGAGGAAAUGCAAGCCGAUCCAAGUUGGAGUGUUAUAUGUGUGCGUGCAUCUUAUAAAACCACACACCUAAUGCUUCAGUAAAAAAGACCUCAAAGAAAGAACUGUGGUUGACUGAGUUCCUGGGUUCUGACCGGCCCACCAGGGCGAGUGUUUCUUAUCAAACAGUCCUUAAGAGAUAGAGCUGAAAGUCCAAUUUCCAAUCCUACAUUUGGUCCUUCGAGCCGGAUUGUCACUUCCCUGGAUUAAGAUGUCAGCCAGUUCUGCACCAGUAAACUCUUCAGUUCGCCCAAAGCGCCGUCCAGCUUAUUUACAAGAUUAUGAGGUGGAUAUUCCAAGCCUUCAUAAAUCAUCUUCACCAGUUAAUACGAGACAGCAAGCAGUGGAGUCAUCUGAUGACGAUUACUCUUCAUCACACAUUGGAGCAUCAGCUGCAAAGCCUAAAAGAGCACACAGUUUACCUGCGUUUUCUCCCCCUUCGAGGCUGACUGUCAGGGAUGAGCAUCGUGACCUCCUAAAUCCUCUACAACAGCGCAUUUCUAGCUCUUCCCGCCAGUUGUCACCACACUGUCCAAAUCGACCACUACUGUCUGAACCUAAUGCAGAGUUCCGUCCCCUUAGUGAUGAAGGUGAUGGAUACCAGAGUGAUCGAUCAGAUGCAAGCUCUAUAAAGUUGCAAAGGAUCUCAGAGGAGAAUUCCAGACUUCGUGAAACACAGCAGGCCAUUAAAGCUGACCUUAAAAGAAUUGAAACAGCCAAAGACGAGUUGAUUCAGCUUUUAGACCGAGCUUGUAGUUUGCAGAGACCUUUAUCGACUCCUAACACCCAGUCUAAUCAUCCAUCCGUUAAGUUUCACCAUGCCGCGCAUGUGAGUGAUGAAGACUGGCCAGAGCCUCCUCCACCCAUUGCAUAUGAGGAGACAGAAAUUACGAAACCGUAUAAUGACCAGCAGAGGCUUUACAGCAGUACAAGGGCCACACCAACACUUACCCCUCGACUCACUACAGUGGAGAAGACUAUGGAUUUCCGCCAUCCAAUUCAGUAUGAUGACCAGCAGAGGUAUGGCCAGUACCCUUCCCAACUGAUAAGUUCUCAGCAUGCUUAUGACCACCCAUGGGAUUCAUCCACACAUCCUUAUCCUGGGCAUCACAGAAUGGCAUCCUAUGUGUCACCUCCCAUUGCAUCUGUGGAUCUGACAGAGAAAUAUUAUAAGGGCCCAUGUCCCACCAUUCCUUAUUUCCGCAACAAUGAUCCCAGUGAGUUUGCCCGAUUAAAAAUAGCCUUGGACAAUCUCUUGCCAUCUGAUAGUACUGAGAUGUUUAAAUAUCAAUGUAACGAAGUUCGUCAAUACGGGAAGAAGGAGGCGGGAACCGGCGAACAUUCAACAAAACUUUAAUUAGAAAUAAACAAAGAACAAAACGAAAGUAAUGCCGGCAGACCCUCGCGGACGUCUGCCGGCCACACAAACAUAA